ACUUCCACUCUACGCUACCCCUCUCUAACCCACAACCUCUCUGCGCGUAAGAGUUAAGAGUGAGGAGUGACACAAAGAGAUAAACAAUUCGCGCGCCAAACACCACGCUGCUGCUAACUCCCCACGGCGUCGUUUCACCACUCCUCCAUUCUCCUCUCUCUCUCCGACGCUCGGAGAUGAGGUUAACGCCACAUGCGCUUCCCAACCUUUUCAUUCUCUGCUAUCUGCUUCUCUCUCUUCCAUCAUUCUCUCUCUCUCUCCGCCACGCUGACGCCCAGACCGACCCGGAGCUUCUCCUCGCCGGAGCCAACGCAACCGCCCUCGCCAAUGCCUCGCUCGCUAGAUCCGACGAUGACAGCUUCGCCAACAUGAUCGAUCGGGCUCUCGAACGAGAGUUCCCCGAUAAUGAGCAGAAUGAAGGUACCGAUCCUGGUGGUUUCAACAACAGCGUUGCUGGACAGCAGGCUGUUUUGGAAACUGUUGCCAGAGUUAGGCCCAAGAAAAAUGAGAGCAAAGAGGAAAAGUCUUUUCAGUUCCACGAUGUCUUCAAUUUAGAUAAUGAGAAUAGGGCAGAGGAUAUGCCAACUUUAAUUGACCGAAAGGACAAUGUCUUUAUCAUAUCCAAUCCCAAGUCAAAGUAUCCUGUUCUUCAAUUAGAUUUGAGAUUGAUAUCAGAUCUCGUGGUUGUCAUUGUCUCUGCAACUUGUGGUGGCAUUGCCUUUGCUUGUGCUGGACAACCGGUGAUGACUGGAUAUCUGCUGGCAGGAUCAAUCAUUGGACCAGGAGGUUUAAGUUUUGUUAGUGAAAUGGUCCAAGUUGAGACAGUUGCUCAAUUUGGUGUUAUAUUUUUGCUCUUUGCAUUGGGCUUAGAGUUUUCAACAACAAAGCUUCGAGUUGUCCGAGCAGUGGCUAUUCUCGGAGGCCUGCUCCAAAUUUUCUUAUUUAUGUGCUUGUGUGGAGUAACAGCUUCAUUAUGUGGUGGUAAAUCAUCUGAAGGAAUAUUUGUUGGUGCAUUUUUAUCCAUGUCUUCAACAGCUGUGGUCUUGAAAUUCUUAAUGGAAAGGAAUAGUGUCAAUGCCCUUCAUGGUCAGGUUACAAUUGGAACUCUGAUACUGCAGGAUUGUGCUGUUGGUUUGCUCUUUGCGCUGCUUCCUGUUUUGGGUGGAACGUCAGGUGUUCUUCAGGGAGUAAUAUCCAUGACUAAGUCGUUGGUGGUCUUGAUUUCAUUUUUGGCCGUUUUGACAAUAUUAUGUCGUACAUGUGUGCCAUGGUUCCUUAAGCUUAUGAUAAGCUUGUCCUCUCAGACCAAUGAACUUUAUCAACUUGCAUCAGUGGCAUUCUGCCUACUUGUUGCUUGGUGUAGUGAUAAGCUGGGCUUAAGCUUUGAACUAGGUUCCUUUGCUGCGGGAGUGAUGAUAUCAACAACAGAUCUUGGUCAACAUACACUUGAACAAGUUGAGCCAAUUCGCAACUUUUUUGCUGCCCUGUUCUUGGCCAGCAUCGGGAUGCUUAUACAUGUCCAUUUCCUUUGGAAUCAUGUUGACAUUUUACUGGCAGCUGUUAUACUGGUGAUCAUUAUAAAAACAAUUGUAGCUGCAUCUGUUGUCAAGGGGUUUGGAUACAGCAACAAGACUUCACUUCUUGUUGGGAUGUCCCUGGCUCAAAUUGGGGAAUUUGCUUUUGUUCUUCUCAGCCGUGCUUCAAAUCUUCAUUUAGUUGAGGGAAAGUUGUAUUUAUUGCUUCUUGGAACAACAGCUCUUAGUCUGGUGACUACACCUUUGCUUUUCAAGCUAAUUCCCGCUGUUGUGCAUCUUGGUGCAUUGUUGCGGUGGUUCCCUCCUGAUAGUCCGACUGAGAUUGCAUUUAAAGGGGACAGCUUUCGUGCGGACAGUGCUAAGCGUAUUACUCUGAUGGUUCAAGGCUCUCAUGAUUCAUGAUAUUAAAAUAUAUUAUGAAGCAGGAAUGAUUGCGGGCUAUACUUGGCUUCUCGUUCUAAGGAGGACAUGUGCUAAAAAGUGCAAAUAAGGUUACUGGAUGAAAACAUUUUUCAUUGCAAAAAACUAUAUACUGUCUGCUUUCAGAACACGCGCUGUUAUAGUGAAUGCAAAUGGCAAACGCAGGCCAAGGGGGACCAGGACUUUAAACCGGAUCCAUCCACUAACCUAGUGACUUGGGCCAUGUUAUUAACUUGAAUGGCCUAUUCUUGUGUAUAAAGUAAUCUGUAGUUGCAGUUGGUAGUGUAAUUCAUUUUAUUAGAUGCAAUCCUCUUGAAUAUUUUUCCCCUUUACUUUCCCUUUAUUUCAUCCAAAAUUUUGGGUUGAUUGAAUUUUGAAUGUGUAAGUUGUCCUUGUACAAUUCUAGACAUUAAAGCAGUCAUCAAAUUCAAAUGUAUCAUGUUCAUAAACUUUUGAAAUGAUUAAUGAAAGUGGAAGGUAAAUUGAUGCGCCGUUCAUCAUU